CCCUGGCAGUCAGGCAGACAGGCAGUCAGUCAGGCAGACAGACAGGCAGGCAGGCUACUCCAUCGUGUUUCCAGCGGCAGGUGGUCACCGCGCGUCCAGCACUACCGCAGCUUGUGGAUGGGAUUAUGACCGCAGAGCUCUCAGAGCUGAAAUGGACGGAGUAGAAUAAGUUCCUUUUGAAUUAGCUCAGAUCUUUUUUUCUUUUCUCUACGAAGCAGAAAGUGAAGAUAAAGUGGUAAAUUGGUGGAUAAGUGUUGUUGACGGGGUGCGCGUCUCUGCGUGAUGCUCUGUGCGUAGAGCCUUUUUCAUACUUACUUUUUUGUUUAUGUUGUUGCGUUGUAAACAAUGGCACUCGCAAGAUUCAGCAGGAUUCUGCGUCUUCCCACUAUUGAAAUAAAAAAGAAAGUCAAGCAGUACGAGCACGUCCACCGGGACAUCAACCCUAACGACAUAUGGGAAAUCAUUGGGGAGCUGGGCGACGGCGCGUUUGGAAAGGUCUACAAGGCCAAAAACAAAGAGACAGGAGCUCUGGCUGCAGCCAAACAGAUCGAGACAAAAUGUGAGGACGAGCUGGAGGACUACAUGGUUGAGAUUGACAUCCUGGCUAAAUGUGACCACCGCUACAUUGUCAAGCUGCUUGAUGCCUUUUAUCAUGACAACAAACUGUGGAUCAUGAUCGAGUUCUGCCCUGGAGGUGCUGUGGAUGCCACAAUGCUAGAGUUGGAUCGUGGUCUGACAGAGCCGCAGAUUAAGGUGGUUUGUCGCCAGAUGCUGGAAGCUCUGGUCUACCUCCACAGCAUGAAGAUCAUCCACAGAGACCUGAAGGCCGGUAACAUCCUCCUCAUGUUGGAUGGGGACAUCAAACUGGCGGAUUUCGGUGUAUCUGCAAAAAACAACAAAACCUUACAAAGAAGAGAUUCUUUCAUUGGGACACCCUACUGGAUGGCCCCAGAGGUCGUCAUGUGUGAGACCAUGAAGGAUGCGCCGUAUGACUACAAGGCUGAUAUCUGGUCUCUUGGAAUCACUCUGAUCGAGCUCGCCCAGAUUGAACCCCCACACCACGAGCUCAACCCCAUGAGGGUGUUGUUGAAGAUCGCCAAGUCGGAGCCUCCCACCCUGGAGCAGCCGCACAAAUGGUCGAAGGAUUUUAAAGAUUUCCUGAAGAAAGCUUUGGAUAAAAACCCGGAGACUCGUCCGACUGCGGCACAACUUAUGGAGCACCCUUUUGUGAGAUCGGUGACUUCUAACCGCCCACUGCGGGAGCUGGUGGCCGAGGCCAAGGCUGAGGUCAUGGAGGAAAUAGAGGACAAUAGAGAGGAAGGAGAGGAGGACGACGCCAUGGAGCUCACUGUGUCUCCAGGCAAGGAGCCAUGUCAGACCAGUCAGACCAGUUUGGAAGGAGACCAGUCUCUGGACACCCCAAGCCCCACCACACCCUCCCCAACCACACCAAUACCUUUACCCAGGAAGGGGCCCGAGUCAGAAACCGAGGAGCAGCCAGGCUCCAUCAUGGUUGUCCCUGUCCCCCUACCACGGCAGAAUCUCCCUCCAAAAGAUCCAGAGGAGUUGGGCGUCAAACUGGGUGAUGAAGUCACUCAUGAGUCAGAGAAGUCUGAGAGCGAGGGCUCAACCAAGACUUCUAGCUCGGAUUCAGGCAUUGAAGAUGGGAAGAGUACCCCCACAUCUGAGGAGGAGAAGGUUCCUGUGGAGACCCCGGAAACCGAACAGCCACCGUCUCUCCCCCAGCCAGAGGCAUCUGAGGAACAUGUUGACAUCAUCAUAGACUCAACAGACCCAGAGGUGCCCAAGAUCCAGGUGACAGAAGAGGAGAGCCCCGUUGUGGCUAACGGAGGCUUAUCAACUCCAAGCUCAAGUCCCACUGCCACUCCUACACCCACUCCUGCUCACUCUUCUGCUCCUACCCCGGUACCGACACCCCGUUCUGAGUCAAAUGGCAACCUAACCAAAGGCACCCCAGAGCAGACAUCGACAGGAGGAAACACUGAGAAUGUCUCGCCUUAUAUCAAUGGAGGAAUUUUCAACAAACGGUACUCAUACUCAGGCAGCAUGGCAUCAGAGAGCAUGGACAUGUCGAUCCACAAGGAGAGCAUCUCCGCAAGGGCCUUCUCGAGUAAGACUCUGAAGCGAACCAGGAAGUUUGUUAUUGAUGGCGUAGAGGUGAGUGUGACCACCUCCAAGAUCAUCAGAGACGACGAGAAGAAAGAUGAGGAGAUGAGAUUCCUGAGACGUCAGGAGCUGCGUGAGCUCCGUUUGAUGCAGAAGGAGGAGCACCGUGCUCAGGCUGUUCUAAACGGCAAACUGGAAACGCAGAGAGAACAAAUGCAGAGACGUUUUGACCAGGAGAUGAAUGCUAAGAAGAAGCACUAUGAUGUGGAGCUGGAGAACCUGGAGAAGCACCAGAAGCAGACUAUUGAGAAGAUGGAGGCGGACCACAAUGUUAAACUCAAGGAUGAGACCAAACGCAUCAAAUCCGAGCAGGAACGCGACUACCACAAGUUCCAGGAUCAGUUAAAACAAAAGAAAAAGGAGACAAAACAGUCUGUUGAUAAGCUGCCCAGAAGUCAGCGUAAAGAAUCCUUGAAGCAGAAAAUGAAUUCCUUUCAGGAAAUGAAGAUAAGCGAGGAAAAUAAAUUCCUCACAGCGCAGAAGAACUACCUGGACACCACGCUGAUGAGAAUCAUCUCCAACAACAAGAGAGAGAUUGCAGAGACUGAGAGGGAAUGCCUUAACAAGAAACAGCACCUUAUCAGAGAGCGUGAGGCUACGAUAUGGGACAUGGAGGAGAAGAACCUUUACGAGAGACACCAGUUAUUGAAGCAGCAGCUGAAAGACCAGUAUUUCCUCCAGAGGCACCAGCUUCUCAAAAAACAUGAGAAGGAGCAGGAACAGAUGCAGUGCUACAACCAGCGAAUGAUUGAGAUUUUGAAAGCCCGGCAGCAGCAGGAAAAGAACCGGCUGCCUAAGAUCCAGCGCGGUGAGGCCAAGACCCGCAUGGCCAUGUUCAAGAAGAGCCUCCGCAUCAACUCAACAGGGAGCUCAUCCGAAGACAGAGAGAAGAUCAAACAGUUUUCUCAGCAGGAGGAGAAACGACAGAAGGCUGAGAGGCUGCAUCAGCAGCAGAAACACGAGAACCAGAUGAGAGAGAUGAUUGGCCAGUGUGAAAGCAAUAUCAGAGAUCUGCAGCAGCUGCAGAAUGAAAAAUGUCACCUGUUGGUUGAGAAUGAGACUCAGAGGCUCAAGCAGUUGGAUGAACAGCACAACCAGCUGAUGAAGGAAUGGAGGGAUCAGCUGAAACCCAGGAAGAAGACCCUCGAAGAGGAGCUUAACAUGAAGAAAAGGGCAGGAGGCUUUCUUCAGGAUGAGCGUGAGUUCUGACUGCCCAAACCCAAGUUCUCCCAACAAACUCUCUAAGUUUGUGCCUUACCAAGACUCUUCCACCACAUAAGAACAGCUGCUGUGACGUUUCACUAUAUCUCCUGGCCACUGUUAGAACCGACACAUGACCAUAUACACACUCAACCAUACGCCCACAGGCUUUGCCUGUAAUGGCAGCACGCCUAUCCUUCCAUCAGGUUCCUUUAUUGUUUUAGUGAAUAUUUAUGUUUUAACUCAUGUUCUAAGUUUUUUUUUUUGGUUUUUUUUUUUAAGUGUUGUAGCAUUUAUUGGAUUUAUAAAUUAUCAUGUGCUAUCACAUGACUCAAUUACAUAGUAUCUGCUCCCAUACAGUGUUUUUUUUUUUAAAUUUCCUUUUUCUGUUUAAGUCUGCUUCUUAUUCUUCCAGUGAAACAUGAGGGUAAUAUGGUACAGUGGCCAUGAGUUUGGGUGAGCUGAAGAUACCAAACUGUCUGUCUAAUUUAGUUAAUAUUGAGGAAAAAACACUGUUUUGGAUGGGAAGAUGUAGUUUGCAAUAUUAGUACCCAGCGAGAGAAUUUAUUUUUGCAUGAGGUGGAACAAUGUUUUGUUUCUAUGAAAGCUGGUGAGCCAGUAACUGAGCACUUUUUAUUUAGCCCAAAUUAUCAGUGCCGUCUUCCAAAUAGCAUGACCAAAAACAUACCCACAAUUUAAUAUUUACUUUUUUUUAAAUGUACCCCAUUUCUGUAUAGCUUUGCUCAUAAGUCAGAUGCAUGUCACAUAGCAGCUAAAGUCUGCCUUUAUUUAUUUUUACUGAUAAAGAACAACCGUAUCCAGAUUCAUCACUGUAAAUGUUAAUUUAAAUAUUUUCUUUCUUUUUUUUAACCAACACCCAUGGUAUGAAGGAUGCGCUUAUCAUUUUGUAUCAUGUUUGAAAUGGGGGAUUAGGCUAAAUCCAGAUCAGAAUUUAAUAGUUUCUUUUAGUAAUUAUUUAGGAAUGAGAUUUUAACAGACAAGGGAAGACUUAUUUUGAUAUUCACAAAGUAUUGUUAUCGUGACAUUUGUGCUUUUCUGUUGUAUUUUUACUGUAAAAUCAGUCACACUGGAUGGGAACUGACAAAGCCAAAGCAAAUUACUGUUGUUGUCGAUGUUAGAUAGGAGACUUAAAUUUGAAUUUAAAAAAUGUAUUAAAUGUGUAACUGUCAUACCAUGUGCAGUAAAUGCACUGCCUGCUAACCAAAGUGCAAUAUUACGUGUAUGUCUUUGCUAAGCUUAAAGAGGUUUAUUUUUUCUUAAACUUUGCCUUCCUUUGCACUGAGAGGGGGAAUAAUAUGAAGAGUUUAACUCCACAAAUAGAUGUAUCAACCUUUUGAAAGAAACAGCAUUGCUUGAAAUUUUAGUACUUGGGAAGCAAUAAUUUAGGGUUUGUUUUUUUCAAAUAAGGAUCUGAUUUUGGAACAUAACUCUUCAUAUCAUUUUUUGAGAGUGCAACAAUAAAGUCUGCUGUAAGAUGCCUUUUUUAGAUGUUUAAUCCUAAACUGAAAGCUUAUGCUUGCAGCAGAGGAACUUGUUGCCUUUACUGAGUGAGACAUUUUUUUUUAUAUAUAUACCAGUUUUGCCUACAGAUUUACGUUGAGCCAGGUCAGCAAUCAGGUACAGCUUAAUAUCUCUCUCCAUCUCGCACUCUCUCAAAAGUAUUUAUAUUUGUUGUAAAAAUGAUCUUUCCUGUCAUGUUUAAUGGCUCCAUCUAUGCCUUCCUCUCUGCCUCAGUUUACAUGAUAUAGUUUGCAUGGAGGGGUUGUGAGUGUGAAUGGAACUGUAUCAGAAGGAACCACUGUUGUAAAUAAAUCUUAAUAAAGGCAGAUUUUCUAAUUA